CUUCAUUUGAUUUCUACAAACAGCCAAUGGUCCAAUUCAAUGCAACAACAAAUAAGGGGGAACAAAUUGAAACAUCACAGAAAAUCAAUCUCUCGAAACAUCACACAAUCCAUCGAAUCAAGAGGGAAAAUAAAAUUAAAAACUUACAUUAGGAAAUAGGAGUCGAAUGGGGUUCAAGUUAUUGGUUGAGGCGUGGAGCCGGCGGCGGGAAUAGGAAGGAAGACAGGCGAUUGAUAUUGUUGCGGCGAUCGGGGAAGAGGGAGGUGGCGAGUGGCGACGGAGGCGGAGCCAACUCUGUCUGCCGGUCUACCAUAUAUUUGCUCUCGCGCCUCGUGCUGUCGGAGCCUUGCAGGUGGCGCUCGACGCCUCGACCUAACGAGGAAGGAAGGUCGGUGAACUAGGGACGACAUGACUGGCUUGGUGGUAGAGGAUAUCAAGUCGGAAAGACAACAAAAGCAGGAGCAAAACAACAGCAACAAAACUAAGUAUGGAGCCUUGGAGGCUGCCAAUAGUGUGGUCGAGACUUCAUCAUGGAGGCAAGGUUAAGGGCUUCAACCCCAUCCUGUCAAGACAAGGUAACAAGAGUCAACACCAAUCCUACCUGGCUUCGAGGCUAUCAAGUACCAACCAGUCAGCAAGGCAGGGCAAGAGGCCCCAAGGUGAUAGGAGUCAACACCAAGGCGGCGACAAAGGGGCCCUAUGGCAGUUGGAGCAACUGGCAGGAUAGAAGCUACGAGGACGGUUAUCAAGAUAGUUACACCUAGUAGCUAUAAAUAGGAGAAACAAAGCGAAGGUUCCACAACCAAGAGGUCGUUUGCUUGUUGGAUUUUAGAAAAUGAAGGAUUUAGGUAAAACCUUGGAUUUUAUGGAUGAAGGAUUAUGCAGGAUUUUGUUACUUUGGAUUUUAUGGACGAAAUCAAAAAAAGGCUCCUUCGGGGUGGCAAAUGACGUUUUUUCGAGACGAAGGCGGGACCCGGCGGAUUGCGGCUUGCAAGAUCUCAUAAAUUUAUUCGGAUUCAAAAAAUGGAGGCCGCAAACUUUUUGAGAUCUUGCAAGCCGCAUACUGCCGGGUCUCGCAUUUCGUCAAACUUUGGGGCCUCCAUUUUUUGAAUCGGAAUAACUUUGCGGCCUCCAUUUCGUCAAACUUUGGGGCCUCCAUUUUUUUAAUCCGAAUAACUUUUUGAGAUCUUGCAAGCCACAAAUCGCCGGGUCCCGCCUUCGUCUCGAAAAAACGUCAUUUGCCACCCCGAACGAGCCUUUUUUUGAUUUCGUCAAAUUUUAGGCGGCCAUAACUUUGUGCUCCAAAAUCCGAAUUUCAUGAAUGGUUUUUUGAUUCCACAUAACUUUUCAAGAUCUACAACUUUUAAUAUAAUCAUAAUUUCAAAAUAUACAUGGAUUUGUGAAAAGUAAAGGUAAAGUUAUUCCCAAGGUCCCGUAUAUCCACAAAUAGUUCCUGUUUUGAAAAUUUCAUCCUAGUAAAAGUUGUAGAUCUUGAAAAGUUAUGCGAAAUGAAAAAAAAAUCGCUACGAUCGGAUACCCGAGUGAAAAGUUACGUUUGUUUGAAGUUUCGGCCGAAGUUAGGAGUUGAUCGGAAAAAAAAAAAAAAUUUGGACAAAACCGCUGGGUGGGGUGGCGGUUUUGGGUCAAACCGCCACCCCACCCAGCGGUUUGGUCAAUUUUUUUUCUUUUUUUAUAACCGCUCCCUAGGCCCGCGGUUUGCAUAGAAAACCGCGCCUCCGACAAACGGUUUUCGUGUAAACCGCAGGGUGGGGUGGCGGUUUUUGAAAAAGGGUGGUAUUUUUGGAAAUUUUUGGGGUUGGGUGGUAUUUUUGGAAUUUUUUUUAAACAGUGGUAUUUUUGGAUUUUUUCCGCAAUGUAGCCAUAAUCUUAGCCCUUAGGGGUCGUUUGGAUGAGGAAUUGUAACAGAUCAAUUUGAUACAAUUGACAAUUGUAUCAAAUUGCCUCGUUUGCCAGCAAAAAAUUUGAAUGGAUCAAUCUGCCUGAGGUAUUUUGAAUUGAUCCGUUUUGAGUCAAUUUCAAUUACCUAGGCUGGGGGCAGGUAAUUCGAAUUAACUCAUUUUAAUUGCCUCGUUUAUAAAACGAGAUAAUUAAUCAAAUUGACUCAUUUCUAGAUUGAUCCAUCCAAGCGACCCCUUAGUUUCUGGAGCUCUCACUGAACCUCCAUAAGAGUAGGAGUAAUUUAACUUAGUUUCCCCCAAAAGCCAUAAAACCAUCAAACACUCUCGUUCGAACAUUAUUCAGAGAGGUGUGAACUAUGUAAUUAUCGUUGUUCAGAAGAUCAAGAUGCAAUCUAUUAAAUAUCGAACACAAAAUUUUCCUCGUCGUAAAACACACCCAAAAUCAAUCACAAUCCGAAUCACAAAAAAAUAACUCUAACAAUGUGAUGUAAUUGAUGUUUGGAAAUUGGAAUAAAUCUUUGGGCUUGGAUGUUAAAAAUGGAAGCGAGACUUGUACCGGGAAACAAAUCAGAACAAAAGGGUUUCAGAUUGGGCCUCUAGUAAAAGGGAAAGGAUGGCGUAAGCCCUCUGGGCUCGCCAAUGAGCAACAAGUUUGUGGAUUCCAAAGCUGCUCUUCAAUGUAGUUAAAUCCUCUGUUUUACCGGAGAAGAAAGAAAAAAAGAAAAUCCCCCUAAAAAUGUAUAAUUUAUUAUAGCAAAAAAUUAAAAUAAAGCAGGACACGUAAG